AUGAGUAAACAAGCAGAAGAGGAAUUAUCGACCGAUCCAGCACAAGUCAUUCUAGUUUAUUCCGAUAAAAGAAAGAAAGAAAUUCGAAUAAUUAAUCAAGAGGAAAUUGAAACAGCCGAAACUAAACCCUUUCUAUAUUUGGGCGAUUCAGAUGCUGCUUUAAUUUCUCAUCUCAACAAGAACAAACACAUCACUCACAUUCUAAAUGUUACCAAGGAAUUGAAACUUCCCAAUCUAGCUCAUUUGACAACUUUGCAAAUUCCAAUUCAGGACGAAGUUGGUUGCGAUAUUGGAAAGCAUUUUCCAUCCAUUGUGGAGUUUAUUCGAAACUGUUUGAAAGAGAAAGGUUGCGUGUUGGUUCAUUGCUAUUCUGGAAUUUCAAGAUCUUCUUCGAUGGUUGCUGCUUUUUUGAUGAACUACUUUCGAAUGGAAGUUGACGAAAGUUUGCUGUACAUUAGAUCUAGAAGGAAGGUUAUUUGUCCAAAUCCUGGUUUCGUGACUGCAUUGAAUGAUUAUGAAAAGUUAUUGAAAUCUGCUCCACAAGACGACAAUCAAGACAAUUCCAAACAAAACGAAACUAAAAACUGCACAGUUCAAUAA